CUCUGUGCAUCCUGGAGUCUGAAUACUUUCUAGUUGGAGUCUGCUGAGUCAUUUGCUCCCAUGCUGCCUCCCUCCAUGCUGCCUCCCUCCAUGCUGCCUCCCUCCAUGCUGCCUCCCUCCAUGCUGCCUCCCUCCCUAUAGCUCUGCCUCCUCCCUCCCUCCCCUCCAUCAGGAAACAAGGCAGACUCAGUAAAGCAGCAGCAGCGGUGGUAAACGGCGGUGCUAACGGCAGCCGUCUUCUUCCCGCUGCUUCCUGGACGAGGGGAGAGCUCUUCUAUCAACAAGCCGAACGCUACGGCAGGAAUUUUUCAUUCCACAGUUGUCAGGAGGAGGGAGGGGAGCUGAUGUCAUUAGCAGGGGUGUGUGAGUGCAUCAGCAGCCAUGUCACAUGCUGCUAGGUGGGUCAGUGAUGCGGACAGAGAUGCAUGGCAGUUGCACCGGGCACAGAGGCAGCAGAGUCGGAGCUGGCUGCGGUGGGCAGCAGGAGGAUGCUUUUCCCCAACAUGCCCGGCUCCCAGGAGAUGGCGUCGUCCAGGGGCCCGCUGGGCAUCUCAGACCUGGGCCUGGGCCUCCAGUCCCUCAGUCUGUCCGGCUGGGACCGACCCUGGAGCAGCCAGGAGACGGAUCACGCCUCCCCGUCGCACGUCCAGACCAGCUCUCCCUCCAUGCUCGGUAUGCUCGGCAGUCCUUUCAAUAGCCUCCUUGGGAAGCCCCCCGGCUACCUGCCCCCCGAGUCCAUGAGCAUGACUGCUGACUUCCUGGAGAAGUUCCCCGGCAUGGCUCGCAUGGCUAACCGGCUGGACUCCAGCUCCUUCCUGGACUCUCGCUCCAGCAGCCCUGAAGACUCUGAGACCAGCGGCUUCAGCUCCGGGUCAGACCACCUCUGUGACAUGCUGUCGACUCUGCGGAUUUCCCCUCCCCUGCCUUAUCUGGCCUCCAACAUGCAGAAGGAUCUGCUGCGUCUGGGUUCCCGUCUGGAUCCCCAGGACUCUAGCUCCCCUCUGACCCCGCCUCCCAGCGCCAGCCCCGCCUCCUCCACAGUCUCCCGCCGCUGGCGUACCGGCUCCCCGUGGCCCGGCACAGACGUGCUCGACCAGCCGGACGACGCGUUCAGCAUCGAGAGGGAGGCUCGUCUGCACCGACAGGCGGCAGCUGUGAAUGAGGCCACCUUCACCUGGAGCGGUCAGCUGCCUCCCAGAAGCAACAAGGAUCCUCUGUACUCCUGCAAGGUCUUUCUAGGAGGCGUUCCUUGGGACAUCACAGAAGCUGGCCUGAUCAACACGUUCAGCGGCUAUGGUCCUCUGACGGUGGAGUGGCCGGGUAAGGAUGGGAAACACCCUCGCUGCCCUCCUAAAGGUAAUGUGGCUAAAGGUUAUGUGUACCUGGUGUUCGAGAAUGAGAAGUCUGUUCGAGCGCUGCUUCAUGCCUGCACCCUGGACCCGUUUCACCCCGACGACAACAGAGAAUACUACUUCAAGAUGUCCAGCCGCAGGAUGCGAUGCAAAGAUGUGCAGGUGAUCCCAUGGGUGAUCUCUGACAGUAACUAUGUGCGCUGUCCUGCUCAGCGUCUGGAUCCCAGUAAGACGGUGUUUGUUGGAGCGCUGCAUGGGAUGCUGAAUGCCGAGGCGCUGGCCAGCAUCAUGAAUGACCUGUUCGGAGGCGUCAUGUAUGCCGGCAUCGACACGGACAAGCACAAGUACCCCAUAGGCUCUGGACGUGUCACUUUCAACAAUCAGCGCAGUUACCUGAAGGCUGUUUGUGCAGCGUUUGUGGAGAUAAAAACACCCAAGUUUACAAAGAAGGUUCAGAUUGACCCGUACCUGGAGGACUCCAUGUGUCAAGUUUGCCUUCGCCAACCUGGACCUUUCUUCUGCAGAGACCAGGCCUGCUUCAAGUACUACUGCCGCUCCUGCUGGCACUGGCGGCACUCCAUGGACAUCCUGAGCAACCACCGGCCCCUGAUGCGCAACCAGAAGAACCGGGACUCCAGCUAGACCGGACGGAUCCGGCCGCUCUGAAGGGCCAGACGAGAAGAAGCCUCUCUUCGGGGCGACGCUGCCCGCCAAGGAGAACACGAGCGCCGGGCCCUCGAGGCUCCGCGGCGCUCCACCAGGCACUGGGGAUAUCACUGUAGAAAAUGUUCACUUUUGCACUUGCUCCAUUUUUGCUGUUCACAGUGGCACUAUGCACAGUGACCUUGUUGGAAGAGACAAGGGGCCCUUCACACUUAUGCAUUUUCCCAGACUUGUGGCCAGAUGGAAAGAUGGGAGUCAGCCUAAGGUUAAGAAGUGGAUAAAAAUGCCAUUUCUUUUUUUGUUUUUCCUGCUUUUCUUUGUUUUUGUUUCCAUGUUUUGCAUAGUGAAGAGCGAUCACGCAGGUCUCAUUGCCAUCACUGGCAGAUGCCAUACAGUGCCUUUAACUUUUUAUUUCUCCCUCCUCCCUCCCCCAGUUGGCGUCUGUUUUUUCCUGUGCAAGCCAGCUGGCGUUUCUUACUUUUGAGAGUUGAAUGUUGGGCUUCAUUUAACCGGUCGCAUUUCAGACAUUUUUACGCAGUUUUUUACUAAUUUGUACACAAACGGUUUUAAGUCAUGACAUGAAAAUUUUGAACAGAAUUCUACCAGGCGGCUGUUUAUGGGAAAACCCCCCUUUUAUUUUCCUGCUUUUUUUUCCCCUCAUACAUUUUUCUGUGGCUGUUAACUUUUCUUUUUUUAAUUUGCCCUCCCAAAUUUCAACUGAACGGGCACAAAUGUUGGAUGUACUACCUUACCUUGCUCUGUUGGUCCAGUUACAUUAAAUGUGUGUAACCGUAGAACUCAGCGGCGAUCUGUCGUGUUCUUUCAAGCAGCCGAUGAUCCCGUUGAAACUAGAUUGAAUGAAUCAUUUAACUGUACAUAGUUUUGAUUUUUGCACUUUUUAAUUUGCACGUGUGGAGAGGUGGCAGUGGUUUUUAAUCACUUUUGUACGUCAGCAGGGGGACGUUAGAACAGCUGCUUGUUUCCUGUUGAAUGUAAGAACUUCCACUGAGCUGAUGAUGAUGAUUAAUUAUCCAGAGCUUGAGUAGACCCCAGUAAACACCCUGAUGCUUUCUUAUCCCAUUUUGCCUUCCUGUUCCGGUUGGAUAUAAAUGCAUAGUAAGCUGUGUGCCAAAGACAAAGUGUCUUUUCUUUAUCCAUUAGGUUGUCAUGCUGAGCUUGUUGUCCCUUAGCCCAGCUGCUUUUUAGAGUUUUGAAAGUCUACCUCAUUGUGGUCUGCCAAGUUUGCUGCUACUUACAGUUGUGGAGUAUGUUCAGAUUGGGCACAAUAAAGGUGUUUAAGCAUUA